AUGAAAACUAUUAUGAGGUGCUUUAUAAAUAUAUUUUUCUUGAUAUGCAUAUACACGUCUCUAGUGGAACCAAGGCAAAGACACUCAAUCAUUCAAGAUAAUGUCUCUAUUUUUCAAGAACAAGAAAUAAACCCAUACACCUCUAGACUAAUUAAACAACUAAAAAAAAUAGUAGACAUAGAUAAAAAGAUGCCUGUCAAAGCGUUAUUACGUAAAUUUAAACGUAUAAAACGAGAUCUAGAAGCUGUUCGUAACCCAGGAAGACGUGUACAGGUAUUUAAGGGUGGUGGUCAAAUCCAAGUAUUUCAGAAUGCAAGUGCUUUGCAAUUCAGGGGAGUAUGUUUAGACACUAUGUUGCAGCUGGUGUAUAUGGUACGGCAUUAUUUCAAACAAUUCGAAAAGUUUGAUUAUAUAGACAGGACAUCGUUAAAUUUUAGGAUUGGUUUCAUUUGCAAGAAGCUCAGAAUGUUGUUUAAGAAAUCAGUGAAGCUUUUCGAAAUCUUGAAUAUUUAUCAGAGGAAAUCGAAGUGGGAAAAGGGUAAAGCGCUGUUGAAAAUCACGGCGCCGCUAACUCUUCAUCACAAGGUGGCGAAGAUGAAUGUGGACUUCGAGUAUUACUAUAUAGUCUUGAAGAAAUUGCACAAGAAGGGUAGGCCGUACGAAUUCGUGGAGUACGACCAAGAAAUCUAUCAACUGGGGACUGUGGAUUAGACCAGUAAACACAGUGAACUGGUGUUAAAAUAAAUACCAUUGCCACGGCACA